AGCAGGUGUGCGGAUGGCCCAGGGGAGUGUGAGUUAGUGAGCAGGAGGGCGCUGUGCCCUGGGGGCUGAACUGCUGGGGGCACAGCGGGACACCGAUCUGGUGGCCAUAGACAGGUCUGGGAGAUACAGGGCAAAAUGACGGCGGGAGCAUUAGGGCCUGGGGGAGGCGCUCGAGGACGAGAUGAGACCAGCGGUUCCAUUGCUUUGUUGAAGGGUAGGAGUGGGGCCAGGGCCACACGGUGGUUUCCGUGGGGUUUCUGCAGCGCUUCUCCUCCCCAGCACGCGAUGGCUGCAAGGCCAGCAGGUCGCUCCUUUGUUUGCCAUCCGCGCGCGCCACGUGUCUGCGGCCUGCGGGGGAGCACGGAGAGUCACGAACCGUCCCGAGGUGCGCGGGUACCAGAACUGUCUCUGCCCGUAUUUCCGCUAUGCGCUAGAAGCGCUUCGCGGCACGCCUCAAACGCGUGGCAAAGCUCCGCGCGGCCCGGCCCACAGCACAACUGCCGUCAGGCGGCCCCGCACCGCGCUCACAGGGCGCCGUCGCCCUCGCUGACCGGAAGUCGCCGCUCGCUUCCGCCGCCGCAUUCCGCCGUCGCCGUGGCGACGCGGCGCGCGCUCUGCAGGAGGCAUGGCGUCCGCGUGGCACGGCGUGGGGCUGCCGCCGGCGGCGGAGGAGCGGGGCGGGCUGCUGCGGGCCGCCAGGCUGCGGGCGGCGGUGGAGCGGGAGCGGCGGCUGGAGGAGGCCGUGCGGACGGGAGAGGAGCGGAGGCGGCAGAGGGAGCGGCGGCGGCUGCAGGAGGAGCGGCUGGCGGCGGAGCUGGCGCGGCUGAAGCACGAGAAGCUGAGCGAUGAGAAGAUGAGGCAGCAAGUGCGGGAGAACAGUCUCGAACUUCGAGAACUCGAGCAGAAACUAAAAUCUGCAUAUCUGAACAAAGAGCGAGCGGCGCAGAUCGCUGAGAAAGAAGCCAUAGAGUUUGAGAAAAUGAAACGUGAGGCUGAAAUAGCCCAAAAGAUGAAGGAAGAGUAUGAAAGGGCAGCAAAAGAAGAAAGUUUGGCAGAACUGAGGCGAAAUGAGGAGAAAAUAACUUAUCAGCAAGAGCUGGAGAAGCAGCUUGAGGAACAGGAGCGGAAGAAGCAGGGAGUUUAUGACGAGUUUCUGAAAGAGAAACUCAUGAUUGAUGAAAUCAUAAGGAAGAUCUAUGAGGAAGAUCAAAAGGAAAAACAACUUAAGUUAGAGAAGAUGAGAGCAACUCAGACAUAUAUUGAAGCAUUUAAAAAAGAACAGGCUGUGUGGAGGCAGAGGAAACGGGAAGAGAUGGAAGAAGAAAACAGGAAAAUUGUGGAGUUUGCCAACAGUCAGCGGCAAAGAGAAGAAGAUUGGACGGCCAAAGUUAGAGACAUGGAGGAGAAAAAGCAACAACUCCAGGCCAUGAUUGCCCAGAAUCUAGAAAGAGAGCAACAGAAGCGUGACGAAGUGGAACGAAUACGCCAGGAGCUGUAUCUGGAAGAGCAACUUGAGACUGAUAGAAAGAAGGAGAUGGCAGAAAUGGAGACGAGAAUAAGGCAGCGCCUGGAUUUAAGGCAAAUGUACGAAGAGCAGUUAGCUUUGAAGAAGGUAGCGCAGCGAGCCGUGCAGGAGGAGGAAGAAGCCUUCAGACAGCAGAUGCAGGCCAAGUUUGCAGAGGAUGAUCGUAUUGAACAGAUGAAUGCUCAGAAACGAAGAAUGAAACAGCUUGAACACAGAAAGGCUGUGGAAAAACUUAUUGAAGACCGUCACAAACAAUUCAUUGCAGAUAAAGAGCGUGAACUUGAAGAAUGGCAGUUAGAGGAGAAAAGACAAGCAAACAUUCGUGCAGUUGUUGAAGAAGAGAGACAGAAACUCCUGAAAGAACAUGCAUCUAAAUUACUGGGUUAUCUUCCUAGAGGAAUACUCAAAGGCGAAGAUGAUAUUAACAUGCUUGGAGAGGAGUUUAGGUUGGCUUAUCAGAGGAGAAGAGAUAAUCCAUCUUCUGAAGAGAGCUGAAAUUUCCACUGCCUGCC